CCGAAGUUUGACAGCUUGGUACUGCAUCUCUUUCUACUGCCGCUUUGUUCUCACUCCUCUACUUUUUGCCUAGCAGCCGAGCGUGUCGCGCGUGUUCUUCUAUUGUUGCUUUCGUCGAAACCACUCACACCCAUAAGCAAUGGCUGAUAAUGAAGACCUAUUAGAUUACGAGGAAGAGGACCAGACCGAGCAGGUGGUGGCAGAGACCACGGAACAGCCGAAGAAGGAUGUGAAGGGUACUUACGUAUCGAUUCACAGCUCCGGUUUCCGUGAUUUUUUGCUGAAGCCCGAAAUAUUGCGCGCCAUUGUCGAUUGUGGUUUCGAGCAUCCCUCUGAAGUGCAACAUGAAUGUAUUCCACAGGCUGUGCUUGGUAUGGACAUUUUGUGCCAGGCCAAGUCGGGUAUGGGAAAGACAGCUGUAUUUGUGCUUGCCACGUUGCAGCAGUUGGAACCGACCGAAAACGUGCCGUACGUGCUGGUUAUGUGUCAUACGCGCGAGCUCGCUUUCCAGAUUAGCAAGGAGUACGAGCGGUUUUGUAAGUACAUGCCCACCAUCAAGGUGGCCGUAUUUUUCGGUGGGCUACCAAUCCAAAAGGACGAGGAGGUGCUGAAAACGACGACACCCCAUAUUAUCGUGGGAACGCCCGGACGCGUGUUGGCGCUUAUCCGCAACAAGAAGCUAAAUCUGAAAAAUCUGAAACAUUUCAUACUUGACGAGUGCGACAAAAUGCUCGAACAGUUAGAUAUGCGCCGCGAUGUCCAGGAGAUUUUCCGUAACACACCACACGGAAAGCAAGUGAUGAUGUUCUCCGCCACACUGAGCAAAGAAAUUAGGCCGGUGUGCAAAAAGUUCAUGCAAGAUCCGAUGGAAGUGUAUGUUGACGACGAAACCAAGCUAACUUUGCACGGUCUGCAGCAACAUUAUGUGAAGCUGAAGGAAAACGAAAAGAACAAAAAACUCUUCGAAUUGCUUGAUGUGUUGGAGUUCAAUCAGGUGGUUAUUUUCGUCAAAUCCGUUCAACGUUGCAUGGCCCUGGCACAGUUGCUAACAGAGCAAAAUUUCCCCGCCAUUGGUAUCCAUCGUGGCAUGGUACAGGAAGAACGUUUGUCACGGUACCAACAGUUUAAGGAUUUCCAAAAGCGUAUCCUCGUUGCCACGAAUCUGUUCGGUCGCGGUAUGGAUAUUGAGCGUGUGAACAUCGUGUUCAAUUACGAUAUGCCGGAAGAUUCGGAUACCUAUCUGCAUCGAGUGGCCCGUGCCGGUCGUUUCGGUACCAAGGGUCUUGCCAUCACGUUCAUCUCGGAUGAGGCAGACGCAAAGAUUCUGAACGAUGUACAGGAUCGGUUCGAUGUGAACAUUAACGAGCUGCCGGACGAAAUCGACCUCUCCUCUUACAUUGAAGGACGAUAAAAAGUGUGUGGAAUAAAUCCCGUACCUGUGUGUGCGCUAUCCCAUCGUAUAGUGGUGCAAACGUUAUUUAAAAGAUUGAUAAAUAAUCGAUGCCGCUCCGGUGCGCUAUGUAUUGCGCAUGUUAGUUUGAAAAUGUCUAGCAUUUUGGUUAACAUUUCUUAAAUGCUACCAUUAUUAUAACUUUACAUCCAUAAUUUUAGUAAGAGUGAUGAAUUUUAAUAACUAAAGAAAUUUCAAACAAGUCUAUAGCAAAAACAAUCAAUCACUGUACAAUUAUUAUUCCGUUAACCCUCUUUCUCAUAAGCAUGUAUCAUUUGUGCCCAAAUCGGCACGAAGUGUACAUUCAAACGAUUGAAUGAAAAUUCCUUCGCUGUUUGUACAUCUGCUAAUAAAAGUGUGUUGGUUGUCACGACCAAUUUCACGAUUCUAUUGAUGUUCAAUAGCAUUAGAGUAUGAUAACAGUUAAUUAAACUAUAUUUUAGUAAGGCUUGAUAAUUUGGUGUACUUUUGAAACAAAACAAAACAAAAUGGAAUAAAAAUAUUAACAAAACGUUUAGUAUUUAGCCUAAGCAUGCACCAAAAUACAAGAUUUGUUCAUGUUUAAACACUGAUGACCGAACGCGGGAACUGAUUACUAGUUGGUAGUUUUUUUUUAUUUUGUCGAUAAAAUCCUGAAAUUGGUCCCAGCGGGUUUGGGAAAUUGCCCCAUUAGGAUUCCGUAUAUCCCUUCUAUACGCAAAAACAAUAAGGCAAUACGCACAAUUAAGAAUAUUCUGAAA